AUGUCUUCUAAAGAGAAUGACGUUAAGGAUGCUCCCUCAAAGAGUGGGGAGCAGGAGCAACAGAACUUGGUGAGCAGAGUGGCCAGCCUGCCCAUGGUCAGUGCUGCUUACGACAUGGUCUCCACCACUUACACGUCCAUCAAAGAGACCCACCCCGUCAUCAGAUCCAUCUGUGACGUGGCAGAGACUGGAGUGAGGACCAUCACCUCUGCCACAGUCAGCGGGGCCCAGCCCAUCCUGGACCAGCAGGCGCCUCAGGUCUCAACAGCCAGUGACUAUGCCUGCGAGAGCCUGGACAAACUGGAGGAGAAGCUGCCUGUCCUCCAACAGCCAGAUGACAAGGUGGCCUCUGAUGCCGAAGAGCUAGUAUCAUCAACACUGACCAGUGCCAAGGAUGCUGUCUGCAGCACGGACACUGGAGUGAAGGAUGCAGUGACCAGCAUGGUGGGUGUGGCUAAAGGGGCUGUCCAGGAGAGCAUGGAGAUGACCAAAUCCGCAGUGACCAGCAGCAUGAGCACAGUGGUGGGCUCCAGCAUGGGGCAGACGAUCAUGAGCGGUGUUGACUUGGUACUUGAAACAUCUGAGUCGUUCGUGGAUCACUACCUCCCAAUGACGGAUGAGGAACUUGCUAAACUUGCAGUAUCCCUGGAGGGGCCGGGAGAGACUCCUGCAGAGCAGCAGAGUUACUACGUGCGUCUGGGUUCCCUUUCGAGCACGCUGCGCCAGCGAGCCUACCAGCACGCCCUGGGCAAGAUGAGACAAGCCAGGCAGCGCACCCUGGAGGCCCUCUCCCAGCUCCAGCUGACCAUUGACCUGAUGGAACAUGCCAAGCAGGCCAUGGAUCAGAAUUCUCAUGAUGGGCAGGAGAAACUGCAGAAGAUGUGGCUGGAGUGGCACAAGGGCCAGCCAGGAGGCAGUGAGGACAAUGGCUCACCGCAGCCAGAGGAGAUGGCGUCCCAGGCUCUAGCCACUUCCCAUAACCUCAUCCUGCAGGUGCAGACUGCCUGCCAUAGCCUCCUGCCCAACAUCCAGGGUCUCCCUGCCACUCUCCAGGAGAAGGUUCAGCAAGCCUAUGAGAACAUGGGAGAGCUCCAGACUUCCUUCUCCAAUGUCCAGUCCUUCCAGGAGCUGCCUGAGGGUAUCCUGACCCAGACCCAGGAGAAGGUGACCAAAGCCCAGGAGUCCCUGGAUGAGCUGCUGGAAUAUGUGGUGCAGAACGCUCCCCUCACGUGGAUCGUGGGACCCUUUGCUCCUGCUGGAGACUCUACUGAGAAGGUGGAGGUACCGGCGGAGGCUGAGAAGGUGGAGGUACCGGCGGAGGCUGAGAAGGUGGAGGCAGAGGCCUGA